ACAUGGCGGCGCGGCGGCUGCUGCCCCGCUGGGCGGGAUCGCUGCGGCCCGUGAGCUCCGGUGCGGCGGCGGGCGGGCCGUACCCGAAGCGAGUGAAGGUGGUGGAGGUGGGACCCCGCGAUGGGCUCCAGAACGAGAAGAAUCUUGUGCCCACCCCAGUGAAGAUCAAUUUAAUCAACAUGCUGUCAGAGACAGGGCUGCAGGUCAUAGAGGCCACCAGCUUCGUGUCCCCCAAGUGGGUUCCCCAGAUGGCUGAUCACACCGAGGUGCUGCAGGGCAUCAGGAAAUGCCCUGGCAUCAGUUACCCCGUGCUCACCCCAAACCUCAGGGGCUUCCAGGCAGCGGUGGCAGCAGGGGCCAAAGAGGUGUCGAUCUUUGGGGCAGCAUCCGAGCUCUUCACCCAGAAAAACAUCAACUGCUCCAUCGAGGAGAGCCUGGAGAGGUUUGAGGAGGUGAUGAGGGCAGCCAAGGAGGCCAGCAUUCCUGUCAGGGGAUACGUCUCCUGUGUCCUUGGAUGUCCCUAUGAAGGGAAGAUUUCUGCAGCUAAAGUUGCAGAGGUCUCCAAGCAGAUGUACUCCAUGGGGUGCUACGAGAUCUCCCUGGGGGACACCAUCGGCGUGGGCACCCCGGGCUCCAUGAGGGAGAUGCUGGCAGCGGUGAUGAAGGAGGUGCCCGUGGGGGCCCUGGCUGUUCACUGCCAUGACACCUAUGGCCAGGCCCUGGCCAACAUCCUGGUGGCCCUGCAGAUGGGGGUGAGCGUGGUGGACGCGUCCGUGGCCGGCCUUGGGGGGUGCCCCUAUGCCCAGGGAGCCUCUGGGAACGUGGCCACAGAGGAUCUGGUGUACAUGCUCAACGGGCUGGGCAUCCACACGGGGGUGGAUCUGCAGAAGCUGAUGGACACAGGCACCUUCAUCUGCAAUGCCCUGAACAGAAAAACCAACUCCAAGGUGUCUCAGGCCUCCUGCAGACUGUGACACUGACUGGGAAUUCUCCUUGGAUCAAGAAAUCGAGGAUCCAGCCCUGGCUGGGAUUCCUGUCUGACCUCCUGAGCUCCUUCCCAGCUCAGCAUUUGAGAGGAAGCUCAAAAUCCACCAGAAUUAGGAAGAAGUGAGAGGAUCUCGUGUUAGAUUGUGUUCUAUUGGACCUUGAGCCUGUCCCCACGUGCCUUGGAGAGGGGAGGAUGUGGAGGGGCACAGGAGAGCCCUGAGCACAGAUUUUGCAGUUGGAGCUCAGCUCCAGCUCAGGCUGUCCUUUCUCCCCUCUCUCCCCUCCACAAACAGCCCAAGGCUGAGCCCAAACCUCCCCUGGGGCCCCCUCAGCCUUCAGGGCUGUGUGUGCUGCUGCUCUGUGUAUCUGUUGUAAGAUACCCUGGCACACCAGGAGUAAUAAACACGUUAUUUAAUAAUCUAAA